GUUACUAUACUUGUUGUUUAGAUUUAAAUAAUACAUUUAAAUAUCAUAAAUAAUUAUAUAUAUAUAGCUUCUUUAUUUUUUCUGUAAUUCUAAAUAGUAGUAGAUUAUAUAAUUAUAGAUUCACAAUGUUAGUUUUAAUUAUUGGUGUAGUAAGUUUUGUUUAUAUGGUUUAUUUAUGGUUUGAGUCUAAAACAUCAUUGCUGAAUCUUAUUCCUCAACCUUCCACACUACCAAUUAUUCAUCACACACACCAUUUUCUCUUGGAGAAAGAUCAUAUCGACUUGCUGGAAAGAUGGGGUAGACAAUUCAAUUCAAAAGGGAUAUUCAGAAUUAAAACUUUGCUAAGUGAUUAUGGAAGCUUGGUUAUCGUAUUGCGACCAGAUAUUAUAAAGGAAGUUUUAUCAAAUCCACAAAAAUAUGUUCGUUCGGAUUUUAUGCACAAGUAUUUCCCACUGCUUCGUCAUGGGCUGUUAGAUUCAACAGGUGAAAGUCAUCGUUUUCAAAAGAGACUACUUGGAAAAGCAUUUGCUCUGCAAUAUAUGAAAUAUUAUAUUCCAACUUUUCAGAAGCAUGUGGAUAUUUUGAUCAAGAUUUGGAAGGAUACAGUGGAGGAUUCACCCAGUGGAAAAAACUUAGAUGUGAAAGAGUAUUUUAAUUCUAUGUCCUUUGAUAUUAUUGGGGAAUUGGGCUUUGGUUGCCAAUUUAAUUCUCAAAUAACUUCCACGCAUCCUUUUGUUGAAGCUUAUAAGCAAAUAAGUUGUGGCAUCCUAAGUUUCAGAUCAAGACUUAUACUUGGACUCUUUCCAUUUAUGUGGUAUAUGCCAUUUGGCCCUGCAAGAAAAUGGAAGGAUGCGAUGCAGGUUUCAGAAAAAAUUUUAAACAAGGUUGUUGAGAAAAGAAAAGAAAAGAUUGCAGCUAAUGAUUUGACGCAAGAAGAAAGAUCUGACAUACUUUCUAUUAUGAUGAUGGAAAAAGAUGAAAAAACUGGUAAAGGCUUCACAGAUGAUUUGGUCAAAGCUAAUGCUUUUACUUUUUUGUUAGCUGGUCAUGAGACUACUGCAACAACAUUACCGGGUGUACUUCUGUUUCUGGCUAAAUAUCAGCAUUGUCAAGAGAAAGCCAGGGAAGAAAUUAAUGAAAAAUUAACAUCCUCUGAAUUGACCAGCGAGAGUAUAAACUCGUUAGUAUACACUUCUGCAUUUUUAAAGGAAUGCGUCAGGUUAUUUCCUGCUGUCCCUUUUGAAGGUCGAGAUGUGGUUGAAGAUUGCACUGUGGCUGGAUAUAAAAUACCAAAAGGCACAGGAAUAUACUGUCUUAACUUAACAAUGAAUAAGUAUGCUGAAUGCUUUGACAAUCCAGAAGAGUUUAUGCCAGAGAGAUAUAUUGAAGGCAGUGGCAUAAAGAAUGGAACUAUAUUGUCGUUUGGAUAUGGGCCUUAUAAUUGUAUUGGAAAGAACUUCGCAAUGCAGGAGAUGAAGGUUGUAUUGGUACGACUUCUUCAAAACUUCAGAUUUGAAGUAGAUUCAGAGAAUUUGAAUUUUUACAAAAGAACAAUGCUUACAAUCAAUUUAUUUCCUUCAGUUAAGAUUAGGGUGAUUAAACUGUGAACAUUCUCGUUUUAUCAGCCCUUUUCUGUCCAAAAGCUGAAUAUUGCACACCAAUUAAUUUAGGGAUUAUAAAACCAUGCUUUACAGUUUUUAAGAUAACAUAGAACCAAGUUCAAUUUUUUAUUCCCCAAAGAUUAAAAUCAUAUUCUGUUAUUGUUUUUAUUUAUUAUAAGUUCUUGAAGUAACUUGGUAAAAUAGAAUUUAAAUCGUUUUUAAAACUUAUUAAUGUUAAAAAGAAUAAUUAUUAGGUAGAUUUUUUUUAUUAUCGAAAAUCAGAUGGUUUAAUUUAUUUAUUUCCUUUUUAUUUAAUUCUAUUUCAUUUCAUUUUUCUAUUUGUAUUUGUGAGCUUUCAAAAAGCAAGUUGGUCAUUAGUAUAUGUAAAAACUAGGUCAUAUUUUGUUGAAAAUUUUCUUAUUUAAUAGACAUUUCCUGAAUUUCCUAAUUUUGCGAACUCUAUUAAAGAUGUCGAUGCUAAAAUGGAUUCUUAUCCCCAAGGUCCUUAGUAAAAGGUAGAACAAAGUUCUUAAUUUCGUAAAUAUUUCUGUUCGUUAAGUGCCUCAAUAAAGGGCUUCCACCGAGUCAGGGAAACCAGGAAAAUAAGGGAAAGUCAGGGAAUUUUAUCUGUAGUCAUGGUAAGUCAGGGAAAAAGUCAGGGAAAAGUCAGGGAAUUUUUUGUCUUUUAACUUGACUUAGACUCAUAGAACUUUAUUAUGCUAGUCAUUCAGUGGAACUAACAUACUCUUGACCACUUUAUGUAGUAUAUCGAUUAAAGCUCUUGUAAGUUAUGUUGCGACAAAUAUGGUUUAAACGGUUUUAGUUAAUUUGUUUUUCUGUUUGGCUGUAGAAUUUCUUGAAAAACUCAGGGAGAGUCAGGAAAUUUGACCUCAAAAAGUCAGGGAAAGUCGGAAAAUUUGAUACCAUAUUUUCGGUGCAAACCCUGCAAUAUGGGGAUGAAAGUUAUGGUCACACCCUUCAUAUAACCGAGCUUCCUAAGAAUAGCCUUAUUUUCAAAUUAAUUAUUUAUUAAAACUUUAUUUUUGUCAUGAUAAUUUAAUAUUCUAUCUGAAUAUCCUUUUUUGAAGGGUACAAAACCAUUAUAAAAUUUUGGAUGACGUCAUAAUUAGUAUAAUUUAUAAAAUUCGGAAAAGGUGUGUUUGGGGUAGGAACAUUUUUGGUAAAUAGCUCCCAAAAAAUAAAUAUGGACUUUUAAAAGUUUGUAAGGUGGAUGCAAUUUCAUUAAUUGUUCUAUGGCAGCAAAAAAAAUUAUUUUUAGGGCAGGUGGUCAGUAAAAAUACUUGUAAGGAUAAUAUAUGGUCAGCAAAUAAUGUAGAAAAAUAUUUUUUUUUGCUCUUGUUAGUGACACAAGUGCAGGAUAGCGUCAUUUAAUCAACAUGAAAGCCUAUACGAAAAAAAUCUAUAUAAAGUAAAGGAAAGUCAUUUUCUUAGCGUGAUUUUUUAAUUUUAUUUUUUAACUUGAAAAAGAACUGUACCAUUCUUUUCUGGUUACUUAAAAAGUAAGGUCGGUUGGGCUAACUCAAUGAUUUUGCUGAUUUCUUUUAUCUGCAAUCACAACAGUACACUUUUAAAAUACAUAAUUUGCAUUAAGACACGAAUUUGCCUCCUAAAGGGCUGAGAUUUAUUUGUAUUCUGCCCUGCAUUUUAUUAUUUAUUAGAAUUUACCAGAAUUUUUCUUUCAGUGUUAUCUUGUUUAGAUUAUUUUGGAUUCUUAACGUCAUUAUGUGUUCUAUACGAAAUAGAACAAACUUGUGAAAAUUUUAUAUUCUGCCCUGUAUUUUGUAGUUAUUAGAAUUUUAUUAGAAUCUGUCCUGCAUUUUAUUAUUUAUUAGAAUUUAUCAAAAUUUUUCUUUCAGUUAGUGUUAUCUUGUUUAGAUUAUUUUGGAUUCUUAACGUCAUUAUAUGUGCUAUACGAAAUAAAACAAACUUGUGAAAAUUUUAUAUAUUAAAAUUAUAUCUGUAUUUUUUGUGGGUAACUGUAUCACAA